AUAGGUGGAAAUAUUAUUAAAAUGGUUAAAUGGAUACUACGCGAUUGUAGAUAUUAAUACUCUAAAGGUUUCAGUUUCUAACACAAGACAAAUAGAGACUACUUUUCCGCAUCCCGCCCUUAUUACUUCCUUUUCAUAUAAGCCAAAGAUUUCAUACAUGCGCUUAAGAGAUAGGAGUGGUAUUUUAAAAUUUUCCAGCGCGCCUGUUAGCCUGCCGUGGUAUGUCGUGCUCCUCCCCUUCCCUAUCUCCUAUUCUCUUUUUCCUCGUCGCAAUUCCAUCUGUUCUUCUCAACACCAAUUCGUAUGGAUUCCGUAUAUCCUAAAUCCCAUAAUAAAUUAAACCCAUUCCGUAUCCUCAACUCAAACUCCUCUCCCUAAUCCCCAUCCCAAAUUUUCCUUGUCUCCCUAGUUGAUGAACUCCAAUCUUCGCCUCGUGUUCUGUUCCGUUCCUAUUACAUCCUGUACUUUCCUGCACUUUUCUUUCUCCCUAUUGCGAUCUGCUUUCCUUUCCACAGCCUUUCAGCACUUCAUAUAAACCUCAUCCCCUCAUCUCCUUCCUUCCCCUUUUC